AUGCUGAAGCUCAUUGUCCUUCUGUCCCCUGAUUCUUUUAAAAAUAAUUCUCAGGUACCUCUCAACAGAAAUGAGGGCUUAAAACAAAGGGAACAGAUUUCAGAUGACAUCAUUAUUUAUGAUGUCACUGAGGAUGUGGGUGAUGAAGAAAAUCCCAUGGGUGAUGAAGAAAAUCUUCCCAUUACACCAGAAGCACAUGAAGAUACCACUUCAGAUUCUUCCAACUGUAGUCAUUCUCCCGAUAUUGUAAUUGUGGAAGAUGAUAACGAAGAAGAAUAUGCCCCUGUAAUUCAAGGGGAUAAAAGCACAGAAUCAGUUGCUGUCCCAGCUAAUGAUCCCCUCAGCCCUGACACUGACAGUACAAGCCCACUCAUGUCAAGUGCUGUACAGCUGAAUAACCAGUCGACUUUAACUGCAGAAGAUCCGGUCUCAAUGAUGGAUUCCAUACUCAGUGAGAAUGGAGUAAUUUCACAGAAUAUAAAUCUCCUUGGAAAAGUUGAACUUCUGGAUUAUCUUGACAGUAUCGACUGCAGCUUAGAGGACUUUCAAGCUAUGUUAUCAGGACGACAGUUCAGCAUAGAUCCAGAUCUCCUGGUCGAUCUUUUUACAAGCUCCGUGCAGAUGAAUCCCACAGAUCAUAUCACUAAUACCAAAAUGGAGACAAAGGGAAUAGAAACUGUCAAGAAUAAUGCUGGUCCAGCGGCUUCACAGGAAACACAAGUUUCUAAGCCCAAAUCAGAUACACAGCUCAUCCAGUAUACUGCGUUUCCACUCCUUGCAUUCCUCGAUGGGAACCCAGGCUCCACCGUUGAGAGCGGAAGCUGCGCAGCCGAAACUCCUUCCUCUGCCAACAAACCCCUGGAAGUGGACGAGCUCCUGGAGAGCAGCCUGGAUCCCGAGCCCACCCAGAGCAAACUGGUGCGGCUGGAGCCGCUGACAGAGGCAGAAGCAAGCGAAGCCACGCUGUUCUAUCUAUGUGAACUUGCCCCGGCACCCAUGGACACAGACAUGCUGUUCUUGGAUAACUAACGUAACGGGGACUCUGUACAUAGUCAUGAAGAUGAACUAUUUAUUUAGAAUAUUGUUUGGUAUAUGAGUUUUUUGUAAAUCACUGUUUUAUGUAACCAGAUAACGUGGAAUCUGAAGUACCUUUCCUAUGUUACUUCCUACAAGCAAUUGUUUAACUACAUGGUUAGGCAAGCUGUUAAGACACGGUUGGAAAUACCAAGUCAGACUGUUACACACUGCUGUCAAAUACUUGGUAUUACACAUAUCGCUAAAUAUCCCAGGUAACCAAACACUUGUUAUUAGUAAGCUUUGAUUUAUGAUUUCUUAUACUUCUGGUCUUACAUACGACAAUGUAAACUCGUAGUGUAUGGUUAGGGAGCACUGACUUUCCGUAUCUUGGGUUUUUUCUAUUUUUUACAACAUUUUGUUUAACAAGGGUGAGGCUUUUUUGGGGUGGGGGGGACCAGGACCUGAUGUAGGCUUUCUUUUUCCCUGCUUGAACUGGGAACAAAGUGCCUGUACCUUGCUCAAUCUUGGUUCUGCCUUACUUUCACUUCAGUGGAAGUGCUCACACAUAGCACAAACUGGGGAAAAGUUCUUCACAGCCGCCAGGCCCCUUGACUGCAUGAGUACUCUUAACUUGGACCAUCUACUCUGGUAAAAUAAA